AUGCGUAGUAUGAUUGGUAAUGAUCGGCAGCUUUCCAACUUGCGUGAGACUUGCACGCAAAGUGAACUUGUUUUGCCUGAGAACAUCAACUCUGUUUCAACGGAAAUCUCAAAGGUAUCAUGCGAUGACGAUGAAGGAGCCAUUGAAAGAGGAACGAAGCGAAAUCAUUUAGCGAUGGCAGGGAUAGCCGAUGUCGAGACAAAACAAAGUACUGUGGUUCAGUGCACGGACGGAGAUAUUGAAGAAAAAGCGUUGGCAGAGGUAAAGUAUGGUGAUAGUGUUGACAAGAUCGCUGCAGUCGAAGAGGGCGAAGAGGAAGACGAAGGACCACCGAGAAAAUGCUCACGUUUGGCAGAAGAAGUUCGCAAACAGCCAGCAGCUGUACCUUCAAAUCAAGUUAUCGUGAACGCCUUUUUGGACUCCGGAGACCAGGAGUUACAUUGCGGACGCACAGGUCAAGGUGUUGCACACCUACGAGCAGCACGCUCGAUUCAUGAAUAUCCCCGUACCAUCACUUCUGGCAUUGAAGCGCGUGAUGUUCCUCUGGUUGGGGCAAAAAUGGCUGCCCAAAUUGAACAGAUUUUGGACUCAAGACCAGUGGAGGUGAAGAAGUACACGCCACCAAAGUUGGUACAGGAGCUGCGCACCACUAUUGCAAAACAAUCGGAGAAUCAGCUACUUGUUGAUGAACUCGCGAAGUUCGGGGAGCUUGAGCUGUACUUUCACGACAGAGGCAACAAAGACACUAGCCGUGUUCAGGCUUCUCGAGAAGUACAGCUCGGUGACCACGUUACUGCUCCCACCGGGAACAACCCUCGUCAGGAAGUAGCGGAUGUUGGACCGGUUGAUUCCAACGAUAGUGAACAGAUUCGUGAUGAUCAAGGUCUCAUUGUCAAGGAUAUUCUAUUAUCAGGUGAGGUCGAUCAAAUAAUGAAGAAUGUCGACAAUACUACUCAACGAUCUGAGAACGAACCCAUCGCAGACACGUAUGUUGAUGAUGGUGACCAGCAUGUGUUCCCGGGCUACUUCGCCAGAGGAACUGCGCUCCUGCGCACAGCAAAGGCAAUUCGAGACGCAGAUAUAGUUGUGACAUCGGGGAAGCAGGCGGCUGAAUCGAUCAAGGCAGUUGACAAUCAUGUGGCUGCUAAAAUCGAUCACAUUCUGAAUCGCAAGCUCGAUGACACUGACACCCGUGCACCACUUCAGGAAGCUUGUAAAAGACGCACUCACAUUGAUGGAAGCCAAAACACUCAGGAUGAAGGUUUAGCACAUAUGGAAACGAAGGCUGCAAACUCCACUGAUCAAGAAGCGGCAUUGGAUCGUGCUGCGCAUCAUCUUCACGAUGCUACCGAGUUUGUGACAAGUGGCAGCGCUGCAAAAGCUCUAGGUUCCAUCGGAAAAAUGGUAGUGUCCUUUGUCAACCAUCAGGUCGGGCUCACGUCGGUGGAUGACAGUAUAACGGACGACGAUGAUAGAGACGAGAACAAGUAG